CUUUGGGGACCAAGAGAGAGGAGAAAAGGGAGAUGAGAGGGUGAGAGGGGACAGCUGCUGGUCGAGGGACCACACAGAACAAGGCCUCUCUAAAGCAGCAAACCUCUUAUUUUUCAAGGACCAUAGGACGCUGUGACGCCAUGAAGUGCCUGCUCAUCUCCCUGGCCCUGAGUCUGGGCGUAGUGGGCAUGCGUGGGGCAGAGCUUGAGCUCACCGAGACACAGCGCAGGGGCCUGCAGGUGGCUCUGGAGGAGUUCCACAAACACCCGCCUGUGCAGUGGGCCUUCCAAGAGAUCGGGGUGGACAGCGCUGAGGACAUGCUCUUCCCAGCUGGUGCCUUUGUGAGGUUGGAAUUUAAGCUCCAGCAGACCAACUGUCCCAAGAAGGACUGGAAAAAGCCGGAGUGCACAAUCAAACCAAAUGGGAGAAAGCGGAAAUGCCUGGCCUGUAUCAAAAUGGACCCCAAGGGUAAAGUUCUAGGACGGAUGGUCCACUGCCCAAUACUGAAGCAAGGGCUUCAGCAGGAGCCCCAGGAGUCCCAGUGCAGUAAGAUAGCACAGGCUGGUGAGGACUCCCGCAGUUACUUCCUCCCUGGACAGUUCGCCUUCUCCAGAUCCCUGAGAAGCAAAUAAGCCCUGGACAGGACUUCAUCUUACUUCCUGUACAGCUAUGGCCGUUCCCAGCAGGAGCAUACCGGCUCCCAAAGUCUUGCAACUCCAGGCUAAUAAAAUUGUUGAGUCUCCUUUC